AUGCUUCCCUUCCUUGGAACCAUGGGCAUUAUGGCCAUUGUUGGGAUGAUAUUAACAACUGUGGCAGUUUUCACAGAUGGUAUAGCUUUGAAAUGCAUUUUAGUUGACUUUUUUCUCGAUUUACAGGAUGGUUUGCGGUGACAGUCCAAUAUUAUCGCUAUUCCGUCACUAGUUAUACCGGCAUCGUGCCCUACCAACCAGUAAGUCUAGUUGAAGUCGAACUUUGAUCAUAUUGAAUCUUUUAAGAACGCCGUAGGAUGGUUUCAAGCCGUUUCGUGGAUGAUGUACUUUGCUGUCGGCCUCAACUUUUUCGUGGUGAUUGCCUUGUUCCCAUUAGGGUGAGUCAUAUAAAUCCUAUUGAACUUUUGAAAAGCAUUUACAUUUGGCCAGAGCCUCCGGUUUGGCACACUGUAGGUUUAAAUUGUGCAUACACCGACAUUUUUUUCGGAAACGAGCUUUUUUCAGGAAAAAAUUGAAAAAAGGCAUGAAUAUCAAACUAAAUUUUAUAUCUUUUAAGUUACCCUAAACUAGAAGUGAUGAAAUUUCAAAAGAAUGAGAAAAAUCCUCGGUUUUUCGUUGAGAUGAGUGCCAAUAAAGUUUCCAGUACACAACUUCUGAGAAAAGCUUCAUUUAUUUUUCAAAUAAUUCGAGCGCCAUAUUUCAAUCAAAUCUAUCAAUAUAAUAUUCCAGACACCUCUACCGGCGCCAUGGCGGAGGCCAUCGCUUGAGGCACUGGAUCCACAUGAUUUCCGCAGCCUGUACUCUCGCUGGCGUUCUCGGAUUGAUCGCUUUCAUCAUCUUCAUGACCAACUACAGAAACGGCUACGUUAACACGCCGCUUUUCGAAAUUUCGGUAGGAGAUAAAAACGCUUAUUGAAUAGACAUUCUAAUUCAGGCUGCAUAUUCCGUCUACUUGGCACUGGUCGGAGCGAUUUUCUCUAAUGUUGCAGCGAUCGCCGGAGGCUCCCUCGCUCGUCGGAUACAUAACAAUUGUUAUUAA